AUGUCCAGUAGUGGUGUUAUCAAUGUCGCUGUUGUCGGUGCUGGGGAAAUCGCAAUGUGCACACAUCUACCCACCCUAGGCUUGCUUUCACAUAUGUACAAGGUUACAGCAAUAGUGGAUGUUUCAAAACAAGCCGUAGAGCAUUGUUCACGAAAGUUCAACAUCCCUCGCACCUUCACUGACGUACCCCAAAUGCUGGCAGCGUGCUCCGACGUUGACAUGGUAUUGAUGUGUCAUUCCGACGAGUUUCAUGGCAUCCACGCAGUACAGUGUCUGAGAGCCGGUAAGCAUCUUUUCAUCGAAAAGCCGAUGGCUCAGACCUUGCGAGAAGCGGACGAUAUUGAGGCCGCACGCCUCGCUUCCGGCAAGCUGGUAUUCGUCGGUUACAUGAGACGAUACGCGACCGCGUUCUUGAGGUUCAAGGAUGCUGUGCGAAAACUGGAUCCAGCCCAGAUCAACUAUGUUCGAUUUCGCAACUUCACAUCGAGGGUCAGGGAUGGAAUCAUCAGUCAGAGCGGGACUUACUCACAACGGUUCUCGGAUAUCCCUAGAGAAGCUUCGUCUGAGAGGCUUCAAGUCGCCAGAAGCCAAUUUGAGGAGUAUACGGGCCUCGACUACGAAUCACCAGUCGCACAGUACAUUCGGGCUUGCAAGUUUCACAUCUCUCCGCACGAUCUGAGUCUUAUGCGAGAGCUGUUCGGUCAUCCUCGCCGUGUUAUUGCUGCUGUUCCUAACGCCCGAGGGAACUUCCUGUCUAUCAUGCUACAAUACGACGGCUUUGUUCUUGCGUACGAGUCAGGCGAAGAUGCUGUAUUGUCUGUAGACGCGACCGUCGAGGUCCUGGCUCAGCACCAGCGACUUAAGCUUACCUUUGACUCGCCGUAUAUCAAAGGCUUGCCAAUCACUGCGACAACGCUGUCCAGGCACCCUAACGGCGACUUUUCGGAAGAGACGAUCCGGCCGACAUAUGAGGAUUACUAUACGUUGAUGUUCAAAGAGCUGUAUCGCUGCCUGAGCGGCGACGCAGAAGUCAAGACUACUGUGUUAGACUCUCGGGAAGAGAUUGUUAUGCUAAGCACCAUUUUGAACGUCUUGGCAGAAGAGUUCCAAAAGAAUCAGUAG